UUCUUUCGCUAUUGUGCCUCUUGCGCGUUCAGCGGCUGAGUUCUGACUCUCUCUCUCUCUCUCUCUAAAUUUCUGUCUGCGAAGCGCUCCGGGGAAGAGAAUCAAUGGCGAACAGUAAUCUGCCUCGAAGAAUCAUCAAGGAGACGCAGAGACUUCUCAGUGAACCAGCUCCAGGAAUCAGUGCUUCUCCUUCAGAAGACAAUAUGCGAUAUUUCAAUGUGAUGAUUCUUGGUCCAUCUCAGUCUCCAUAUGAAGGUGGUGUUUUCAAGUUGGAGUUGUUUUUGCCUGAAGAAUAUCCAAUGGCACCUCCAAAGGUUCGCUUCCUCACCAAAAUAUAUCAUCCUAACAUUGACAAGCUUGGAAGGAUUUGCCUUGAUAUUCUGAAAGAUAAGUGGAGUCCAGCCCUUCAAAUCCGAACGGUAUUGCUAAGUAUUCAAGCACUUUUGAGUGCUCCAAACCCUGAUGACCCACUUUCUGAAAACAUUGCUAAGCACUGGAAGACCAAUGAAGCUGAAGCUGUUGAGACAGCAAAAGAAUGGACCCGUUUGUAUGCAAGUGGUGAAUGACGGGAAAAGGUUGUUGCUCAAAAUUAUUCUCUUCAUGGGGAAAUAUUUGAACGUUUGACGUUGGACUUAGAACGUGUCAAGAGAUAAAUACUCUCAAGUAGUCGUUUAUAAUUUAUAGGUGGAGAAAUAGAAUUAUUUAUCAUUUUCCUCAAUGUGCAAAGUGUGAGAUUUGUAUGAUUCUGAGAUGAUGCAUAAGUUUGUUCUCCUAUUCUUCCCCAGUCUACCCUUUGACUAAUAUUUGCAUUUAAACUUCUCGAUCAUGCUUUGAUGAAUAUAAUGGCUGCGUUUAGUAUU